AUGGGCUGUGGCGGCAGCUGCCAGAACUCUCAGCCUCGCACGGUGGCCUCCUUCUACAUGACAGCACCCCAGGUGGUGCCCGAAGGAGCCCCGCUGCCGCCAGACCGCGAGACCCACGACGCAUACAUCAGGAAGCUGAACUCUUGCCUCAAAAGGGUGAGGAAGUACCCGAAAGUCUUCCAGGAAGCGGUGGAGCUGCGUCGCGCCGAGUGCUUCGAUGCUGUCGUGGCCGAAGAGCCCCGGGACCCAGUGAAGCUGCCCAUGAGGAACAACUUCGCAGGGAGAACCAGAACUUUCUGA